GCAGCUGUACCCCACCGCCGCCAUGGUAACGAACGCGCAGACGGCUUGGCAAGCGCUAUACACAGGCGAGGAGGUGCCACAGUUUGAGACGAUGCAGGACUUCAUGGCGUGGGCGCAGACGGAUCCUAACCAGAUGAGGGUCCGCCCGGGUGCCAACAACCUGCCCGAGGGCCAACCCGCGAGUGCCCUUCACUGGUACGAGCGCACCGGCGGCGGCGUCUUGGAUGGAGGCAGCGCCUUCUCGCCGGACGCGCAGGCGCCGCAGAGCCGUCAGCAGGCGCCGGUGACCGCCGCGGCCGAUCCCGUGUCCACCGAUUCGCCAAGCUUUGGCGAGCGCGCGCGGGGUCGCGAUCAACUGGGCCGUGCGUCUGUCGGUCUCGGACUCGGAGGAGGCGUCUGCCCACGGGGUGAGCCGCGCCAACUCGACGAGCAGCCAGCGCUCGGCGGACCCCACUCCGCCGCCCUCGCCAAAGGGCGCGCAAGCCGGCGCGUGCCCGCAGCUCUUCCGCAGCACGCAGCCCUCACAGCGCCGGGGCGGCAGCCAGGCGGGCGGCGGCGGCGCGAGGUUGCAGCGCACCUGACUUCAUUUGGGGGACUGGGAGCGGCGGGCUUCCGACCGCUCUGUGACUGUUCUCUGAGGCGCCUCUGGCACCGUGUCGCGCACCGAGCAGCCGACGGCGAGUGCUCGCCCGCCUUGCCCCCUACCCCUCCCCCGGGACGGGGCAGCGGCGCGUGUUGCACCCCCGGCUAGCUGCGAGUGCGGUGUUUUUCUCUCACACCGAGAUUCUUCAUUCUACAGUCAUUCUAUCGUU